AUGCUCGAAGACAUGGACCUCAACGAAGGCGAAGUCUCAGAUGGCGCGUCUGACAACGAAUACGACGAGGUCAAUCUGCAACUCCUUCGCGAAGUCGACAGCAACGACAACGACAACGAAAACAAAGCCAACAAGGACGAAGACGAAGAUAUGGAUCCGAACAACGACAGCAAGACGGCCAAGACCGCGCCCGGUGCCGAUGGCUCGGCGGCCGAACCCAAAAAGAAGUAUGACCCCAAGGACCCACUCCGUCCUAGACGGAAGAAGGCUCGGCGGGCGUGCUUUGCCUGCCAGCGGGCGCAUUUGACAUGCGACGGCUGCCAAGAUGGCGUGCGCAAGAAGGCAAAGUACCUGCACGACGCUCCGGCCGAGGCCCUUAGACCGGUCCUGGGCCCCAACUUCAAUGCCGGCGCCGCGACGAGCACGCCGGCUCGGACAGCCAAUGGUAAUGGCCACCGGCACCCUUCGAGCGCCGGGUCCGACGUGUCUGCCUCCAAUGUCCCGUCCUUCUUCACACAGUCGAGUGCACCCUCCUAUCCCGUCUUUUCGACCUCGCAGACCGCGGCAGGUUCUCUUCCUGAGAACCUCACCUUCCCCAACCCCCAGUCCCCCGUCUCGCCGAGCUUUGCAACAACCGCUAGCGAGGCCAAUGACCCGUUGAAUCGCCUGAGCCUGUCAUCUGCGUCAGCCGCCAUGGCGAAUUUCUCGCCAGCGCUCUUCGACCCCAGCAACCCGGCUCUGUUCAACUUCAACCUUGAAGGCAUCAACUUUGGCAGCCAGUAUGCUGCUAUGGAGUUUGGUAUGCUCGGACACAUGUCGUCAGGUGCUGCAGAUGACCCUAAUGACCCAUCGUCCAUAUCCCAGCAGGGUGGACGUGUUGGUUCCGGUGUGGGCAGCUUCAGCUCGGCGGCCGGUGUCUUUGGGAACGGCGGUGUCAACCAGACCCUCUUUGAUGGCGGUGCAGCUUCCAGCAGUGCUGGAGGAUUGAUGAACGACUUUAUGAACCUGGACAACUCGUCCAGCAACGGCUUUUACACACAGGGCAACCUGCAGCAUGGCCUGCCACAUGCCUACGCCAUUGCUGCGGCGCCGGCCAGCCUGCAGAGCCCUAGUACGGACAACAACAGCCCGCAAGCCACAAAUUACGGCUUUGAAGGGUCUCCGACCACGGCGGUGUACAGUCUGUCAAACCUGACCAACAACGGUACCGGCAGCAGCAGCAACGGCCAGGGUCGGUCGUCGAUCUCCCAACAAGCGCAAUCCACACCGCAACAGUCCCUACAGCAGCAGCAGCAGCAGCAGCAGCAGCAGCAGCAGCAAAAGGCCAAGAAUGCCGUGUCCAAGGUGUUGCCGCAGUCCAUCCUCGGAAAACGCCACCGGGACCCGUCCUCCAUAUACGAGCUCGUCAAGGAGCCGUACAUGUAUGUCAAUGGCUUCCACCGGCUGAUUGCCCUGCUCCAGCGGCGGUUUGCCGCUGGUAAGAUUUUGCGCAUCGCCAAGGCCCUGUCCAGCAUUCGGCCCUCCUUUAUCUCCUGUACGCGCACGCUCAACCGCCAAGAUCUUGUCUUCAUGGAGAAGUGCUUCCAGCGCACGCUCUUUGAGUACGAGGAGUUUAUGAACCAGGUGUCGAGCCCGACCGUUGUCCUGCGACGGACCGGCGAGGUGGCGGCCGUGAACAAGGAGUUCACGGCGCUGACCGGCUGGACCAAGGACGUGCUCCUGGGCAAAGAAGCGAAUCUCAACGUCAACACAGGGACGCCGGCGGGUGCGUCGAGCGGCUUGGGCGGCACUGGAUCGGCCACCACUGGUCUUGCCCCUGGCAACGAGGAGAGCAACAACAGCGGGACCGGCAGUGCUGCCAACUCGGGGCGUGCGGGCCUGACGACGCCGCGGCUGCGGACGCUCAACGCUGAGAUCGUCAAGGCCUCGGAGGGCAAGCCCCAGCCGCUGUUCCUGGCCGAGCUCAUGGACGACGAUAAUGUCAUUGAAUUCUACGAGGACUUUGCGCACCUGGCCUUUGGCGACAGCCGUGGUUCCGUCAACCGCAAGUGCCGGUUGCUCAAGUACCGGACGCGCGACAUGCUCGCCUCCUCCACCAGCGGCAGCGUGGCUGACGAGCCGCACGCGGGGGGCGGUCCCGCCCCGACGCCGUCGGGACCAGGGGCAGCGGCCACGGGCGCGGCCACGGGCACGGGCCCGACGACCACAAGCUCGGGCACCCUUCGGCCCGCCAGCAGCAUUCUGAGCAGCCGGGUGGCACGCAUUGACGGCGAGCAUGGCAUUGCAAAGAUUGAAAAGGACGGCAAGCUGGAGUGUUCCUACUGCUGGCACAUCCGGCGGGAUACCUUUGACAUACCCAUGAUGAUUGUGAUCAAUGUGAGUCAUUCCGUUACUCUGUCGGGACGUGAAACUUGA